AUGUUGCAAAGAUUAGUACGGCCGCAGAGCGGUCUGAGUGCUUCGUCGAUUGUCAAGGCCAGCCUUCCUCGAUUUCAAUACCGCAGUCUCCAUAGAGUCCCCCAAUUAGCGAAUGAGCGAUUGUUUAAAGAACAUGGCAUUUCCGAGUUCAUGUCCCCCGAGGCCUUUGACUUUGCCUGGACACAAUACCAAUCGCUGUUGGUGGAGAAGCUGAAUUUGAUGACACAAGACACGGUCGAUGCGGAUUUGGACACACUUGCUCUCGUCAAGAAAUAUGCCAAAAGGCGCGAAACAGCCCAUUUAUUCAACUAUGCCUCUAUGGCCCACAACAACCACUUUUUCUUCCACCGUCUUUCCCCCGUCCAAGUCAAAAUACCCGAGAAACUAAAAUCCGACAUGACCGAAAGCGCCUCAUCUCCCGAGUCCCUCAAACAAGACUUCCUCGCCACCGCCAGCGCCCAAUUCGGCCCAGGCUUCGUCUGGCUUGUUGCUCAAAAGCAAACCGGUCUUCUCAGAAUCCUAUCCACCUAUAACGCCGGCACCCCUUACCCCGAGGCCUUUGCACGACAACAGGGCGUGGAUAUGAACAACGAACCCGCUCCGCCAUCGGGCAAACGAUCAAGCCAAGAUCUCAGUUUCCUUGGUCUUCCCGCGUCCGGUGAAGGAACCCAUGACCUCGCCCCCGGAGGAUUGCCGCUUACUCCACUGCUCUGUGUGAAUACGUGGGAGCACGUCUGGAUGAUGGACCACGGCAUCGGUGGAAAGGACGAAUAUCUCGAGAGAUGGUGGGAUAGAGUUGACUGGAAUGCGGUGGAGGAUGCGCACAAGGCUACACAGGGAUACGGCGCGGGCCCGAAGCUCAACAAACGAAUCCUGUAG